AUGGAGGGGCCGGCAGAAGGCCGGGGCCCCCAAGGCCGCCCUACAGACCAGCAGCAGCAGCAGCAGCAGCAGCAGCAGCAGCAGCAGCAGCAGCAGCAGCAGCAGCGGGGCCGACAGGAUGGCAGCGGUUUGAUGCCUUUGUUGGUGUUAUCUGCGUUGGUGAUCCUCCCUUCUUUCUUCUCUUUCUUGAGCAGCAUGCAUUCUCCUGCAGCAACAACCAGCAGCAGCAACAGCAACAGCAGCAGCAGCAGCAGCAGCAGCAGCAGCAAGUGGAAUAUGGGGUGGUUGCUGGAGGCACACAACCCCCUGCCAGCUGUAAUUACACCCAACCAAAUCACCGUACAGUACUGCCCCUCAUGA